AUGAGCACGCAAAGAUACUGUGGGACUUCCGAAUCCAGACUGACAAAGUUCUGGAACACAACACACCAGACAUCACAGUUGUGGAAAAGAAAAAAGGUUUGGAUCAUUGAUGUCGCCAUCCCAGGUGACAGUCACAUUGACGAAAAACAACAGGAAAAACUCAGCCGCUCUCAGGACCUCAAGAUUGAACUUCAAAGACUCUGGCAGAAACCAGUACAGGUGGUCCCGGUGGUCAUGGGCACAUCAAAAGAUCUCAGCCGGCAUUUGGAAACAAUAGACAUUGACAAAAUUAUGAUCUGCCAACUGCAAAAGGCCACCCGACUGGGAUCUGGGCGCAUCAUCCGAAAAUACAUCACACAGUCCUCGACACUUGGGAAGUGUUCGACUUGUGAUUUUGUGAUACGAAAUCCAGCAUGUCUACCUUGUUUGCUGUGUCAUACAAUAAAAUAAUAAUAAUAAUAAUAAUAAUAAUAAUAAUAAUAAUAUAGUAAUAAUAGUAAUAGUAAUAAUAGUGACCAGAGGCAGGAUGGCCAUCUGUUGAGAGGGCUUGGGUUGUGUCUCCUUGCCUGGCAGAAGGGGGUUGGACUAGAUGGCCCUUGGGAUCCCUUCCAACUCAAGCAUUUGUUUUGGUCUCUUGAUGGGAUGGAGAGCUCUAGUUUUCCUUCCCCCCCAUUCCGCAAUAGCGCCCCCUGUUGGCGCCCCGAGGAACAUCGCCCCAGGGAGGCCAGUGGUAACCCCAUCCUUCAGGGACGGUCUGUGGAAAAAGAAAGGGAAGGAAAGAAAAGACGGGCCGAGCUUUCUCAUGCCAGAGAAUGAGAGAGAGGGUAACUUGAUCCGGUUUGAUUGUCCGCGCCGGGGAAGAGAAGAAACCGAGGAGCAGGGGGGCGAAAGAGAGAACGAGAAAGAGAGGAAGAAGAGAACAACUGGUCUUAAAGGGGGGGGGAUCAGGUGGCAGGAAAAGGGGCACAACGUUCCCGUUUUGCUCCGAGGAGAGACGGGAUCCGGACGAGGGAGGGGAGCCGGAGAUCCAUGACACGGCGUUCGGUCUGACGGGUGCCCCACAUGAAGACCAUGAACCCCGCUUGCCUGACCCCCGUCUUGCUUCUGCUGCUGGAGGUCCCCGUCCACGCGCUCUUCCCCGAAGAACCCGGCCCCAUCAGCGUGGCCCUCGACGAAUAUGUGAAGCAAUACUCGGUCUUUGUGGGGAACGGCAUGGGACGUUUCUCCAGCCAAGAUGGAGGAGCUGAGCGCCUCAACAUCCAGCGCAUGCUGAUCGUCAACAGGACCUUGUUCGUCGGAGAAAGGGAUAACUUGUACCGGAUCAGCCUGGAACCGACCUCAGCCAGCGAGAUGCGAUACCACCGGAAGCUGACGUGGACCUCCAACCAGCACGAUAUCAACAUCUGUCGGAUGAAGGGGAAGCACGAGGCAGAAUGCCGGAAUUUUAUCAAGGUCCUGCUCCUUCGCAACGACAACAUGCUCUUCGUCUGCGGCAGCAACGCUUUCAACCCGAUCUGUGCCAACUACAGCAUGGACGGCCUCGAACUCAUCGGGGACAACAUCAGCGGCAUGGCCCGGUGCCCCUACGACCCCAAACAUGCCAACGUCGCCCUCUUUACAGGCGGGAUGCUCUUCACGGCCACCGUGACGGAUUUCCUGGCCAUCGACGCCGUGAUUUACCGCAGCCUGGGAGACAGCCCGACCCUGCGCACCGUCAAGCACGACUCCAAGUGGUUCAAAGAACCCUACUUUGUCCAUGCUGUGGAGUGGAAGAGCCACGUCUACUUCUUCUUCCGAGAGAUCGCGAUGGAGUUUAACUACUUAGAGAAGGUGGUGGUCUCGCGGGUGGCGCGAGUGUGCAAGAACGACAUGGGCGGCUCGCAGCGGGUGCUGGAGAAGCAGUGGACCUCCUUCCUCAAGGCCCGGCUCAACUGCUCGGUGCCGGGAGAUUCCCACUUCUACUUCAACGUCAUCCAGUCGGUCACUGACAUCUUGGAGAUUGACGGGAGGCCUGUGGUCCUGGCAGUCUUCUCCACCCCGGCGAACAGCAUUCCCGGCUCGGCGGUCUGCGCCUUCGACAUGACCCAAAUCGCCUCUGCCUUCGACGGCCGUUUCCGGGAGCAGAAAUCUCCCGAAUCGAUUUGGACCCCAGUGCCGGAGGAGCUGGUACCCAAACCGCGACCGGGCUGUUGCACGGCACCGGGGAUGCGCUACAACUCCUCCAGCUUCCUCCCGGACGAGAUCCUCAACUUUGUCAAGACGCACCCGUUGAUGGACGAAUCGGUGCCGUCUCUGGGCAACGCACCCUGGAUCGUCCGGACCAUAACCCGGUAUCAGCUCCGGAAGAUCGUGGUCGACCCGGCCGCCGGACCCGGCCGGAACCACACCGUGGUCUUCCUGGCCUCCGACGCGGGCACCGUCCUCAAGUUCCUCGUCCGCACCAACCUGAGUCUCGGCUCGGUCGCAGCAAAGGCCGGAAGCCACAGCGUGUUGCUGGAGGAGUUCGAGACGUACCCGAGCGAGCGGUGCGGCAAGGACGGCGGGUACGAGCGGCGCCUGCUGGCUGUGGAGCUGGACAAGGCCUCGGCCUCUCUGCUCCUGGCCUUCCCUUCCUGCGUGGUCCGGGCCCCCGUGGCCAGGUGCCACCAGCACUCGGGCUGCAUGAAGAACUGUCUGGGCAGCCGCGACCCCUACUGUGGUUGGACGCCGGAAGGGACUUGUAUUUUCCUCGAACGCAACCCCAGGUCGGCGUUUGAGCAAGACAUUCGCGGAGGAAGGACCUCGCACCUCGGAGACUGCGAAGGUCUGGUGACGGAAAGCUUUGUGGACGAGCCGGACGGCCUGGUGUCGGUCAACCUCUUGGUGAUCUCCUCCGUGGCCGCCUUCGUGAUCGGCGCCGUGAUCUCGGGCUUCAGCGUGUGCUGGUUCAUCGGCCACCGUGACCGGAAGGAGCUGGCCCGCCGCAAGGACAAGGAGAACAUUCUGUCCCACAGCGAGUCGGUGGUCAGCGUCAGCCGGAUGGGCGAGCGGCGCUCCCGCGGCCAGCCGGAGAACCUUUUGGCGCCGCUGAUGCAGAACGGCUGGCCCAAGGGCCUCAUCAAGGUCAGCCAGCACGACUUGGAUUCGGGGGUGUUGCCCACGCCGGAGCAGACCCCGUUGCAGCAGAAGCGGUGCCCGAAGCCGUGCACCUGGGAGUACAGCCACAAUCUCAUCAACGCCUCCCUGCGAGGCGGCGACCCGCCCUCGUCGGUGAUCCUCCUCCACACCGGCCACAGCCCCGCGGCCCCCCACCACAUCACCGCUGGGCGCGUGUUGCCCAUCUCGUGCCACUCCAUGUUGAUGGACCAAGAACUGGAGGGCGAGGCGGUGGAUAUGCGCUACCUGCCGAUCGGCAGCGGGAGCCUCGGCAGCGGCAAGGAGCGGCCCCGCGGGGUCCCGUCGCCACAGCCCCCCUUGCAUCGGCCCUGUGGGGCUCGGAGCUCUUACGGCGGCGGCGAGAUGCCCAUCACGCCCCACGACAGCCCCGACCGGCGGCGGGUGGUCUCGGCCCCCAGCGGGGAGACGGGGGACUCAGCCCCGUGGGACCCCGACAAGCCGAACUCGAACGGCGACAACGUCGCACACCUGAAGCGGAACCACACGUUCAACAGCGGGGGACGGGCGCAUCCACAGCACCCGCGGGCACCCACACUGGGGCCUCACCACACCCUCACGGACUUGAGCCACUUGCUGAAAUACGGCGGCGUAGAGCGGACUGCCUCCUCCGUCAAAUAGGGUGGCCUGCCCCCGGGUGGGGGGGCGUAGCUCGGCUUGGUGGCCUCCCUCUUCACCACGAGGCAGGCGGCGGGGUUUCGUGGCAAAGCGGGGGGAACAACAUGACCACGGAAGGACCCUGGUUCCUACGCGGGGAGGGACAGAGAGGGAGUCGGACCUGUGCUCGCCCUUAAAGGAGAGCGGCGAACAUCCCGAUCAUCCCGGAAGCUUCGUUCGAAGCGACAAAAGAACAUAAACAAAAGCAAUGGGGGAGUCUGUUCUCUCUCUCGUGUGUGAGCGUGAGUGUGUGUGUGUAAGUUUGGGGGGGAUUUUCAUCCUGGCGCUUCCUCGUUGGACUUUUCUUUUCAUGGCACUUGCGGACACACGGCCGGCGGGCGAGCGAAUAGAUGUGCAGAUCAUUCUUGGACGUUGCCCCAUCCGCUCUGGCUCUUCUACCACUAUGGGACAGAGGAGGGUGGGGAGGAGAUUAUAAUCAGAAACGUGUGCUCAUCAGGGGAGUUGCGGAAGGAGGUACAUCAUCGGCUCGGGAGGGAAAUUGCGGAAGGAGGUAUGGCAUCAACUUGGGAAGGAAAUGGCGAAAGAAGUUCUACAACUCUGGUGUGCAACGCCACAAAAAAAAAAGGCGGGAGGAAAUUAUAAUCAGAAGUGUCUGCUCACCAGGGAAAUUGCGGAAGGAGGUACAGCAUCAACUUGGGAGGGAAAUUGCGAAUGAAGUUCUACAACUCUAGUGUGUGACACUGCAAAAAAGGGAAAGGUGGGGAGAUUAUAACCAGAAGCAUCUGCUCACCAGGGAAAUUGCGGAAGGAGGUAUGUCAUCAGCUCGGGAGGGAAAUUGCAAAAAAGAGUUCUACAACGCUGGUGUGCGAUGCCGCAAAAAAGAGGAGGGCGGGGAGGAGAUUAUAAUCAGAAGCCUCUGCUCACCAGGGGAGUUGCGGGAGGAGAUAUGGCAUCAACUUGGGAGGGAAAUUGCGAAAGGAGUUCUACACCUCUGGUGUGCGAUGCCGCAAAAAAGGAGGGUGGGGAAGAGAUUAUAAUUGAAAGUGUCUGCUCACCAGGGAAAUUGCGGAAGGAGGUACGGCAUCAGCUCAGGAGGGAAAUUGCGAAAGGAGGUAUGGCAUCAACUUGGGAGGGAAAUUUCAAAAAGAGUUCUACAACUCUGGUGUGCGACACUGCAAAAAAGAGAAGGGUGGGGAGAUUAUAACUGGAAGCAUCGGCUCAGGAGGGAAAUUGCAGAAUUUCAUCAGAGGUAUGUCAUCAGCUCGGGAGGUAAAUUGCAAAAAGAGUUCUACAACUCUGGUGUGCGAUGCCGCAAAAAUGAGGGCGGGGAGGAGAUUAUAAUCAGUGUUUGCUCACCAGUGAAGUUGCAGAAGGAGGUACGGCAUCAACUUGGGAGGGAAAUUGCAAAAGGAGUGCUACAACUCUGGUGUGCGAUGCCGCAAAAAGAGUAGGGCAGGGAGAUAUUAUAAACAGAAGCAUCUGCUCACCAGGGAAAUUGUGGAAGGAGGUACGUCAUCGACUUGGGAGGGAAAUUGCAAAAGGAGUGCUACAACUCUGGUGUGCGAUGCCGCAAAAAGAGUAGGGCAGGGAGAUAUUAUAAACAGAAGCAUCUGCUCACCAGGGAAAUUGUGGAAGGAGGUACGUCAUCGACUCCGGAAGGAAAUUGUGGAAGGAGGUAUUGCAUCAACUUGGGAGGGAAAUUGCAAAAAGAGUUCUACAACUCUGGUGUGCGACACCGCAAAAAGGAGGGUGGGAAGAGAUUAUAAUUGGACACAUCUGCUCACCAGGGAAAUUGCAUAAGGAGGUACGUCAUCGGCUCGGGAGGGAAAUUGCGGAAGGAGGUACGGCAUCAAUUAGGGAGGGAAAUUGCGAAAGAAGUUCUACAAAUCUGGUGUGCAACACCACAAAAAAGAGGAGGGCAAGCAGGAGAUUGUAAUUGGAAGCGUUUGCUCACCAGGAAAAUUGCGGAAGGAGGUAUGGCAUCAAAUCGGGAGGGAAAUUGCGAAAGAAGUUCUACAACUCUGGUGCCGAAAAACGACAGAUUUGCUACCGGCCAACCUCUUUCUUUCCCUGUUUCCCCCUUUGUUUUGUCUGGAUCCGGUUUCCCGGAACUGUGAAAGGGGGGGGAAACGAAUCCUUCUUCCGUCCCAUACUAAUUUCUUUCCCUUUCGAGUGAGAUUUCUCACCCUGAAAUGUUCCGUAUCCGAUGUAUUGGGAAUUGAUCUGAUCCGGGGGUCUUUUGUGUUGUUCUGCUUGUGGGGGGCCGAGAGAGAGAGAGAGAUUUGACGGAUGUGUGUUGCCCCAUAAAUGCACUUAGGGGAGGAGAUUAUAAUCGGAAGCGUCUGCUCACCAGGGAAAUUGCGAAAGGAGGUCUGUCAUCGAUUCAGAUUCUCCCCUCCAAAAAACUAUCCCCUUUCUCCCCCGUCAAAAGGGGGGUGGGGACCAAAAUAAGCACACUGUAAAUAGGGUGCGGGAAGCAUGGGGGUCAGGAGCCGGGCGGGUGCGACGUCCGCGACCUGUGCGACCCCCAAAAAGACCCCCCGGGGCUCCUCAUCUUUUAAAUAUGCGCGUCUCUCCUGCAUGCGACAGCAGUACGAAACCUCUCUGUAUCAAUCUGGAGAAAACAAAGAUUAUCUCCCUUCCAAUAAACCUUUGUUUACAACGAA